AUGUCGCACGCCACAUCGGCUCAAUGUGAGACUUGCUCAGCAUAUUCAACAAACUCACGUGAACCUUAUCGUACAAUAACAUUAACAUUAUUACGUAUAUAUCCAAUAUUAUUUAUAUUUAUUGGUACUACUGGUAAUAUGCUUUCUGUAUAUGUUGUACUAAGCUCAAAGCUUCGACGCCAUUCAACAUUUAUCUAUUUAGCUUUUCUUUCUAUUGUUGAUCUUAUAGUUUUAUAUACAUUUUGCAUUAAUUUUAUAUUUCAUGCUUGGCUUAAUAUUGAUUUACAACAAGUAUCAUUGAUAGCAUGUAAAAUCUAUUCGUUUUCGAUUUAUUUCUUUCCUCAAACAAGCGCAUGGAUACUAACGGCCGUAUCCAUCGAUCGUGUAUUCGCUUUAACUCGUGGUAUAAGAAAAACACGUAAAAUACGUUUAACCUAUUUCAUAUUAGGAAUAAUAUUUCUCACACUUUUUCUUCUCAAUGUACAAUUUUUAUUUUACAAUAAUACUUAUAAAUUUUCACAAGACGCACACAAUUUAUCGACCACAAAUGUUAUCUAUAGAAUUGUUGACACCGAUAUAGACAUUAAUGUUGUUCAAUGCUCAUCAGAAAAUAAUGAUCAAUAUAGACAAUUCUAUGAAUACAUAUGGGUUUAUGUUGACGCUAUAGUAAACGUUUAUUUACCGUUUACAUUAAUGUUUUUAUGUUCGACGCUUAUAUUUCUCAAUGUUUUACGAACUAUGAGCAAUGCACAUAAUUCAAACAAGCGUUUAGUUGCGAGAAGUUUAAGUAAAAUGCUUCUAUCAAUUAAUACAAUGUUUGUUGUCUUAACUGGUCCUAUUGUUCUAUAUUUAAUGUUUGAAAAACGAACAUUUACUUCGGAAACUUAUCGAUGUAACGCGAAACUUAGAGCUAAACUUAAAAUGAUUAAAUUAAUUCUAAUUAUUCUAAUGAAUGCGAAUCAUACUGGCAAUAUUCUUGUUUAUUGUUUAACUGGCACAGAAUUUCGCACACAAUUCUUGCGUGUUAUUGGUAAAACUAGUAAAUUAAAAUUACCAAGAUCUUCAAAUCAACUAACAGGAAUUUUACGGAAAGAUAGCAUCUCUCAAACAUCAAGCCGAAAACAAAUAUUUUCUACUAUAACGCCAAGAACAAUUCAAAUGGAUGAAAAUAUGAAUAGUAAUCAAUUAUUUCAGAAAUUUCUAAGACUAGGCGACAAAAAGAAUCGCCUAUUCAAAACUAAACAACAAACACGAUCAACAACCGCUGCAUCUGUUUAA